AAAAAUGGCUCUGUCCCUCUGUCUCUCACUCUCUCUCUCGGUCCGUGAAACAAGUGAAAGAUGCUUCCAAUGGCGAUUCAACCCAACCUCAAUCCUUCUCUGAAGCCCCUGGCGUUCCCUUUACAGAGCUUCUUCCUUAAACCCUUUGAGAAAGCCCCAAUCUUUGCAAGGCCACAUUCACACUCGCAGUCCGUGUUAAAACAACUGAGUCGCCACAGUCACAUUCAAAGGACGAGAAUCUUCAAACUAUCUGCAUCAGCGUCAGCUUCGACCGCUGAAGCAGCAGUAGCUGAACACACUCUCGCAGAUGAUGAUUCCCCUUCCGAAUCCCCUCCGGAUAAAGAGAAACUUGGGGUGGUUGUGAAGUCAUUGGAGAAGCCGCGGUUAGUGUUGAAGUUUGUUUGGAUGGAGAAGAACAUUGGCAUUGCACUUGACCAGAUGAUACCGGGACAUGGCACCAUCCCAUUGGGUCCAUACUACUUUUGGCCAAGGAAAGAUGCUUGGGAGGAGCUAAAACUGUUGCUUGAGAGCAAACCCUGGAUAUCUCAAAAGCAGAUCAUCAUUCUUCUCAAUCAGGCUACGGAUAUCAUUAAUUUGUGGCAGCAGAGUGGGGGUAAUCUAGGAUAAGAUUCGAUGUGAUCGAAGAUGAGGACCAUCUAAGUUGGCUGAUUUGUGAGGUUCCAGCUGCCUCUGCUUCUGAGAGUCAUCCUGUAUUUACAAAACAUGGAUUCAUUCAAGAUUUAGUACCAAAAUUUUACUUGAUGCAAAUUCUUAAUUUAUGAUGUACUACAGCUUUCCCUACCUCAACAACCAAAGGAGCAACUUCCUCUAAAUGCAAAGUGACUCCAAUCUCAGAAGCAA